UGGUGACCUCGUCAGCAGGCGGGGCGGGUUGUUCGGUAGCGUUAGCUCACUAGCUGUUAACAUGGCCGUUAGUUCACUAGCUGUUAGCUCACUAGCUGUUAACAUGGCUGUUAGCCUAGCUGUUAGCCUAGCAGUAGCCUUCUACCUCGAGCUAACCGGUAGAAACGAUUCGCUCGAUCUUCUCUGUCAUAAAUACUAUUCAACGGUGUUUUUUAUUUUUUAAAUCCCACGUCGUACUUGUUGAUUCUGUAGGUUUAAUUGUGACGCUUUGCAGAAGCGUGAUAUAUAACUUCUCAUGACACGGUUGCUGUCAGUCUCUCGUGGUUUGCCCGCUCCAUCGCACCAGCCAAUUGAAUCGUUGAGCCGUUUGAUUGACAGCAUUCACAACCAAUAGCAGCCCGACAACAGAUAUGACGGCUCUGUACGCGGUGGUCGACAGCGGGCGUCUGUUUCCGGCGCAGAGAGAAGUGGAUGCUGUUGCUGAGCAGCGUCGUUGAUCAGUAGCAUCAUUGAUCAGUAGCAUCAUUGAUGGGGAUGUUAGUCGACAUGUUGUGCGUCGUGCGGCCGCAGCUCUGUGUUGACCUCCUUGUGGCCGCGCUGCUCUUCUUUCUAGCGGGGCUGCAGCAGGUGGAAGCAGCCGCCGCCGCCGCGGAGAUGAGCAGCCUGAACUGGAAGCCCUUCAUCUACGGAGGCAUGGCCUCGAUUGUCGCAGAGUUCGGGACGUUUCCCAUCGACCUGACGAAGACCCGACUGCAGGUCCAGGGUCAGUCCCAGUACACCGAGGUGCGCUACAGAGGCAUGUUCCACGCCCUCUACAGGAUCGGCCAGGAGGAGGGCGUCCGCGCACUGUACUCUGGGAUUUCCCCCGCUCUGUUGAGACAAGCGUCAUACGGAACGAUCAAGAUCGGAACCUACAACACUCUGAAGAGGUUUUUCGUCAGCCAACCAGAAGACGAGACCAUGAUCAUCAACGUCUUCUGUGGCGUCGUGUCUGGAGUUCUGUCCUCUUCUCUGGCAAACCCCACCGACGUCCUCAAGAUCAGGAUGCAGGCACAGGGAAGUCUGCUUCAAGGAAGCAUGAUGUCCAACUUCAUCAACAUCUACCAGACAGAGGGUACCAGAGGCCUGUGGAGGGGCGUCAUCCCCACGGCGCAGCGAGCGGCCAUCGUCGUCGGGGUAGAACUUCCUGUCUAUGACAUCACCAAGAAGCACCUGCUCAGCUCUGGUGUCAUGGGAGACACGAUUCUGACGCACUUCAUUUCGAGUUUCACGUGUGGCUUGGCGGGGGCUCUGGCCUCGAACCCCGUGGACGUGGUCCGGACUCGUAUGAUGAACCAGCGAGUUCUGUCAGGAAAUCCGAUGUACAAAGGAACGCUGGACGGUCUGAUGCAGACGUGGAAGAACGAGGGAUUCUUCGCUCUCUACAAGGGGUUCUGGCCCAACUGGCUGCGACUGGGUCCGUGGAAUAUCAUCUUCUUCAUCACCUUCGAGCAGCUGAAGAAUCUCCCGUUCUAACAGGAACAGGAAGUGACUGAGUUUUUGAGGAUUGUUGCUGUGAUGAGAACUGAGAAGAGUUUCUCUUUUACCACUGAGCAGAAUCACAGACGUUAGUUCAUCGGUUGUGUUUGACACGAGAAAAGAAUGUGACAUGAAACAUGAAAAUGACUCUAUUUAUCUGUUGAGUGUUGAAGUAGUUGUCUGUAACGAGGAGUUUGUGAUGAACAGGACAUUGAUUUAUACAUAAACACACAGACGCGUGUGCGUGUGUGUGUGUGUGUUCGCUCAUCAAACCCCUUAACACACAACUGUUAUUAUUAUUUAUUUAUUGUUCAUUCGUUUUUUGUUUGAUUAUUGGAACAAACUCUGGACGUCGGUGUUUUUUAAAGAGAACUUUCACAAAUCUGAACCAAAGCCUCUGAAGAGAAAUAUCGUGUUUGUUCGGAACCAAAACGUCAAAUGUUUCUUUAUUUGUCAGGAAACAUUAAAUCCAGAUCAGAAGUUUAUUUGAGAUUGUUUUGCUGUAGAUAUAUUUGUCAGGGGCUGAAGUUGUCAAUCCACAGAACAAUGUGAAUGAGUGGUCCCACCCGGUUCUGAUCUUUGUUCAGAGCCGGUUUCUAUCUUUGUUCAGACACGGUUCUGAUCUUUGGCCUGUUCAGGUGAACUACGGCUUGUGAAGGAGGGUUAGGGGGUUAGGGUUAUUGUUUGAUUUUCAAAAACUAGUAAGCAGAUUUCCACAGAAAUUGUUGGAGGAGACGAGAGAGAAAACCAGGACGUUCAUAUUUUUAUCACUUUAUCGUGCGAGAUGGAAACUUUUUUGACAUUUUCACCAAUUUCCCAGGAAAUAAUUAAUUGACUGACUGAGGUGAGUGUGUUGUGUUUGGUGCAGCUUCAUUGAAUUGAAGUGAUGUUGGGGAGUGGUGGAGAGUUAGAAGGUAUCUUCUCGUGGUGGACGGUUAGAGGGUAUCUUCUCGUGGUGGACGGUUAGAGGGUAUCUUCUCUGUUAGAGGUUAGAGGGUAUCUUCUCUGUUAGAGGUUAGACAGUAUCUUCUCGGUGGUGGAGGGUUAGAAGGUAUCUUCUCGGUGGUGGAGGGUUAGAUGGUAUCUUCGGUGGUGGAGGGUUAGAUGGUAUCUUCUCUGUUAGAGGUUAGAUGGUAUCUUCUCUGUUAGAGGUUAGAGGCGAUCAUCGCUGUUAGAAGUUAGAGGGUAUCUUCGCUCUUAGAGGUUAGAGGGUAUCUUCUCUGUUAGAGGUUAGAAGGUAUCUUCUCUGUUAGAGGUUAGAAGGUAUCUUCUCGGUGGGGGAGGGUUAGAAGGUAUCUUCUCGGUGGUAGAGGGUUAGAAGGUAUCUUCUCGGUGGUAGAGGGUUAGAAGGUAUCUUCUCUGUUAGAGGUUAGAGGUUAUCUUCUCGGUGGUGGAGGGUUAGAAGGUAUCUUCUCUGUUAGAGGUUAGAGGUUAUCUUCUUGGUGGUGGAGGGUUAGAGGGUAUCUUCUCUGUUGAAGGGAUAGUGAUCCAGUGAGAUCAACUGUCAUUGUCCCGUCUCCUUUGUGAAGAAGAACCUUUGUGCCAAAUAAGGUGUCUCGACCAAACUGAGUAGAAUGAAUUUGUAGUUUGUCUUGUUUGUCUGCAGCUUCUCUGAGGGUCAGGGGUUAGAGGUCAGGGUUAACCCCUUAAGGUUGGGGUUAGAGGGUUAGGGUUAACCCCUUAGGGUCAGGGCUUAGAGGGUUAACCCCUCCUCACAACUGGUUGGAUUCAAGUAGACAACUUGUUUGAAUAUGAUUCAUAUCUAGAUUUUUAUGAAUCAUGAAUGAAUAUCUGAACUUCACCCACAACGACACGAGUUGUUUGUUGUAACUCGUGCACUUUGAAAAUGUUCUAUAAGUUUCAAAAUCAUUUCAACAUUUAUAUUAAUAAUUCAUGUUCUAACCCUAACCCUCAGUUAAACAUGAAGCUUUCCCUGAACCCUAACCCUGUUGGUUCAGAGACAAACGAGUGACGACACACAAGCAACGUCCAACGCCUGCCUGUCGUCUGUCGGUCAUAUGUAGGCCGUCCGCUGUCUGUCAUCUGUCGGUCGGUCGGUCGGUCGUCUGUCUGUCUGUCUGUCUGUCUGUCUGUCUGUCUGUCUGUCAGUCGGUCGUCUGUCUGUCUGUCGGUCAGUCGGUCGUCUGUCUGUCUGUCGGUCGGUCGUCUGUCUUUCGUCUGUCGGUAGGCUGUCGAUCGUCUGUCUGUCUGUCGCCUGUCUGUCGGUCUGUUGGUCGCCUGUCUGUUGUCUGUCGGUCAUUCGUCUGUCAGUCAUUCAUGCUAUACUUCUGUGAGACGCAGUUUGCUGAUGAAUACUAGAGGCAGAUCCUCGUCACAUUGUCAUAUGCCGACCAUGAUGAUGAUAUAUGAUGACAUGAUGAUAUAUGAUGACGUAUGAUGACGUGAUGAUAUAUGAUGACGUGAUGAUAUAUGAUGAUGUGAUUAGAUCCCGGUUCUCCACGAGGUGUUGAAUCAGACAAACAAGGUGUUGUGUGACCUAUAGUGAAACACUUGAGUAACGUACAUAGCUCACAGAGUAUGUGAUACACAUAACUGAGAGACUGAUGGUGUCGGCCAUUUUCACUUUUUUGUCAUUAUUUAACAGUGGAAUAUUAUAGUUUCAUCUUCUGGUUCCUUUGCACAUUGUUGUGAAUGUAAACGUUGUUGAUCUGGUGACCUGAACAGGGGUUGACCUCUGACCCCGCUCAAGAACCUCCAUGUGAUCCAGAUUACAGUCCUGAAUAUUUAACUUGAUUAUAGUUUGAGAUUUAAGAUUAUGCAGAGUUUUAUCUAUUUUCUAAUUAUCUUAAAGUUUGUUUUUAAAAUGUUCGAUGAACUUUGCAUUCCUGUUUGAAAUUCAAGUUUUUCUGUUAGUUUCUGUUGUGAAGAGCUCGGAAACGAUCUGAUAUGAACGCAUGUUUUAAUAAGACGUGUUUGUCUUGAGGAGCUUUUUUUUAUCCUCCAUAAAUUAACUGAUUGUUUAUGAAAUUGUGAAUGACAGGAAGGAGGAAGUCUGCUCCAGUGUGUUUUAUUUUUUCUAAAGUUUCAUCAGUGGACUAUUUUAAUGUGGAGGUGUCUUUUGAUUAUUUAAAUGUAGUUUUUUAUUUGUCAGAUAUUUCACAACCUAAACACUCAAACAUGAUCCGUCACUCAGACGGUUCAAGUCUGUUUCUACAUGGAGUUUUCGUUUCUGUUCAUUUCUGUUUUGUUUCUUGUUGUUCAUCUGAAAAAGAUGUUCGGAUUCUGGACCAGUCGUCAGUUCAGAGAAAACAUCUGAAAAUGUGCAGAUUGAUUAAAAUGUUGUCUAUUUAUUUUUUAUUUUGAAGUUGUACCACAGACUUCAUGUGGUUAGUUUGUCCCGCCUCCUCCUAGCAGUUACAGGCCGUCACCACGCCUCAUCUGAGCUGUUACAAGCCGUAGCCCCGCCUCCUCUGAGCAGUUACAGGCUUGCCCGCCUCCGACGAGCAGUUACAGGCCGUAACCACGCCUCCGACAAGCGGUUACGGGCAAAGUGCUUUGACGACUGUCAUCCGUCUGUCAGAGGGAAAUCUAUGAAUGUUUUUUGGCAAAUUUUCUUUUCUAAUAAUUUGCACAACAGCUUCCUGUUACUGAUCUUUUCGCUCAUUAACUUGAGGGAUUUUAAUGGUGGAAGUUUAAUGUGGUUUUCUUUGACAGAACGGGUUUAUAUAAAUUCAAUGUUCACUCAAAUAAAAAAAUAAACUGUGAAUGUUUCUGAAUCUGUA